AUGUGUUGCGAUACACCAGAUAGACCAGCAAUCCUCGGAGGAAGUGUUCGAGGUAGAGCAGCGUACAAACUUAUACGUUUAUUGCUUGUAUCUGAAUCUGAACGGUCAAGAAGUAACUUAACUAAACCUAUCAAUCCAUUACUUAGUCCUCAUGUACUUAGUAGUGAUGUGCCUAGCAACAACUGUUCAACAACACCCUCAAAUCGGUUGUUGAAGUUGGACACACCAACUACAGACGGUCGUACAUGCAAAUUACUUAAAAUGUUUGCAUCUCCAUCUACACCAGUUAUACGAAGUUUAUCACCAGGCGCUAAAGAUCAACCUCCUCUUCAAGACCAAAUGAAUGAUGAAAACAGUUCCAUUCCAGUGCCUAAACGAAUAGUCAUGUCAUAUUAUCAGUCUAAUCUAGAAUGGGUCAGUGGUCAUUGUUCUCCUUUGGUUACUCAUUCUUUUUCCAUUGAUGAAGCGAACUCACUGCCGAGUUGGAGCAUAGUCAAUGAAGAUUCACAAUCUAAUAUCUCAUUUGCUAAAGAUAAUAAUCUAAAUAGUGGUUACUCUGAACCUGGAACUCCAACUAAAUUGCCUAAAAUGCCAAACAGAAGAUCAAGAACGUUAUUUACAGAAGAGAAUACUAAAAAUGCCUCAUAUACAAAGAAAACACAAAGUAACACGGUGUCUAGCAAGUCUGAAGAAAUAGCCAAACGUGGAUCUGCACAAAAUAUCAGAAAACCAAUGUAUCGAAAGAGAUGCUCGAAGGCUAUCCUAACAACUGGUUCGUCGAAUAAACAGCGUUCCUUGCUAGAAUUUUUCAAGUCAUAGUCGGUGUGACAUGAUGUCUGUAUCCAGCUGUCAGUUGUAAUUCCUGUCCAUGAUGAUUUUUUAUUUAUUCGGUGUCUUUCUAUCUUUAUUUUUAUACUUAUAAUGUAUUUGCUUAAACUUACGUCAUUUUGAAUUCACUCUUUUUUAAAUGUCCUUAUGUGAUUAGUUGCUGAUAUACUUAUAUGUUGAAAAUGUUAGCAGUAGUCUGAAUUGAAAAUGAAAGUAUACAAACCCUAAUUGCAAUUUAUUUCUCUACUUAAAUAAACAAUUGUAACUGAAUCGCUGUCAUUUCAACCUAUGCAAAUGUUCGUUGGUC